AUGAUUAGAAAUGUUAAGCCUGGUCAUUAUUGGCACAGGGAAAUUAAAUUAGGAGUUCAACAAUUUUUAAAAAGAAAUGCAUUCUUUACUGAACGAACUAUUAAACUAGUGAUAAAUGUCGAUGGACUACCAAUAUCAAAUUUGUCCCAAAGUCAGUUAUGGCCUAUACUUGGAUCUGUAUUAGGCUAUAAUGAUGUUUUUAUAAAUGGAAUAUAUCACGGAGAUACAAAACCAGCUGAUAGUAUGGAAUACCUUCAAUAUUUUGUUGUGGAAGCUAAGCUUUUGGUAGCAAAUUGUAUAACAUCUGAAACUAUGCAUUAUUCGUGUAUUAAUUCAGCAAUAUCAGCAAAUAGUCCUGCAAAAGCUUUUUUGUUCAACAUAAAAGGACAUUCGGGAUAUGAAAGUUGUACAAAAUGUACUACAUAUGAUGAAUAUAAAGAAAAUCGAAUCUGUUUUCCUUUAAAAUCUGGUAUCAAGCGACUUGAUUCUGAUUAUGAAACAAAACUCGAUAAAGAUUUUCACAUGAAAAAUUGUGCAUUGGAAGAUAUUCCUAAGCUUGGAUUAGUCCCAAAUGUUCCUAUGAAUUAUUUACAUCUAAUUUGUAUAGGCAUUUGUAAAAAACUUCUUAAUCUUUGGUGUAAUGACAAAGUUUCAGUAACAUUACCUGAUUUUCUAACUGCAAAGAAAAAAUUAAAGAAAGCCGAAAACCAAACAGAUUUGGAUAGCACUGAUAUCGAUGAAUAA